UUCACACAGUACCUAAAAUGUCAAAGAAUAAACGCAGCUAUAAAAAACUUGGCUCACCGCCAAGUCAAAAUUCCAAAAAAAUAAAGCUUUCGCCUUCGAAUCACGCACCAACUUGCGACGAUUCCACUUGCACAGGCUGCGAUGUGAGUGAAAUAGAAAUUGUUUUCACUACCGAAGACGGCCAAGGAGAAAUUGAACUUUCCCCAGUUAAACUUCUUCAUUUGGCUUUAGAAGAGUCCUCUAAAGAAUCGUCACAAGAACACGGUGGUGGUGUCGCUAAACGUUUAUUUGACAUGGCGCUUGAGGGGUUUGACAAGCUGUUAAAAAAAGAGGAAAAAGAAUUUGAGUCAAAGGAGGAAACUGUAAAAGACAAGGAAAAAGAAGAAGAAACGCGCCCAAAAGUUGCUACUAAGCAAACAAGAUGUCAAUAUGCAACAUGCUGUGUUGCUUUUGGCAUUUAUUUGCCAUUUGUCGAGUAUAUACGUAAGGGGGUGGAAAUAUUUAAGCAAAUAACCGCUGAAGACGUGUGCUAUUAUGAUGCUUGGAUAGGAUUAGGGAGAGCACGAAUUUCCUUGGCGAAAAUUGAAAGAGAGAUGACUCAACAAAGUGAUUUAUCUGAGGAGGAGGAAGAAGAGAAGGAGGAGAAAGAAUCAUCUAUAACAGAGCAGAAUUCUUAUAACUUAGCAACAGAUGCACUUGAUAAAGGUCUUUCUAUCCUUAGAUCUAAAGAUAAGGAUAAAUACAUGACCGAAUCAAUUCUUGUAGCUAAAGAUCUUAAAGAAUAUGCAUUAUCAAUUAAUCAUUCAAAGUUUAACGAUUAUACGCAAAAAAUAUUGAGUCAGGCAAUAAAUUAUCUUCAGACUUGUUAUGAAUUGGAUAGUAAAAAAUUAGAUCAAAAUAAUUUCGCACAAGGAAUUUGGGGAAGUUGUUUAUAUUAUCUUGCCAAAUUAAAAACAAACCAAGAUAGUAAUGACUACAUAAGAGAAUUUAAGUUGCUUCUCAAUAGUGCGAUAGAAAAGUUAUUGAAAGCCUAUAACGACUCUCUUGAAAAGGAUAGAUUCACAGAAAUUCUUGGACAAGCAUAUAUAUUGAAGACUACUAUCGAAAGUGACGAAGAACAAAUUAUAGAAGCGUAUGAUAAAGGUCUUGAAUGUUUGAAAGAAGCCUAUAAGCUUUUUCCAGAUAAUGAAAAUUUGAGAGAUCAAUUAGUAACACUUGAUGUCUUUGAUAGCAACAGCGGUAAUGAGGAUUUAGAGGAGGAUGAGGAAGAUGAGGAGGAGGAGGAAUGAAAAAUUUAUUUAUGUAAAUGUUCUUUUUGACUAAUAAAAUUAAUAAAAUGAAUAGUGAACAAAAGAUUUAUAACGGUUAAUGCUCAAAGUAAUUUUUACGAAUUAAAUAACUUUAUUGAUCCAAAAUACACCAAUUGAAUGUUUAUAGGUAUGCCGCCCUAUUCAAAAAAAAAAAAAAAAAA